UGCAAAUUUAAGACGCAGAAAAUGGAAUUUGCUUGAGAAAUAACCUAUCUUCUUGGUGACUCUCAUCAAUUAUCCAAUGCAUGCGGGAGAGUUUAACGUGGCGAAGCAAAAAUGAGAGAGACCUGCAAUUUUAGUGCGAAACGUUAAAAGGGUAGAACGCAACAGCAACAGCAACACACACAGCAAGGGAGAAUCAAAGAAAAGCUGUUAAGAGACAAACAGAAAGAUAACCCUUCUUUGUUACCAUCAGAUAGUGAGAUUUCAUUCCAGGCUUAGCUAAUUAUUGGGAGCAUAUAUACACAAAUGACAAGGUGUGGCCAAGCAAGCUGCGCACGGCAGCUGUAUCUUUGCUUCAGUUGGAUUUUCAAGCCUGAACAGUUAUUUUCAGUCAUCUGAAGAUCAAUGGAUGCACUUUCAAACUAGGUUGCAAUCAGCGGUAUGCAUGAGAAAUGAGGGUAGAGAGUAGGAUUCGUCACCAAGGCUGUUCUUCAAUGCCCGAGUACCCAAAAGGAGUUUCAUCUGAUGAAGAGAAGAGCAUGCAGGAAUCAGAAACCAAGGCUUUGUUCUCAGUUAUAGGCAUGACUUGCUCUGCAUGUGCUGGCUCGGUUGAGAAAGCCAUCAAAAGACUUCCAGGGAUCAAAGAGGUGGCAGUUGAUGUCUUGAAAGAUAGAACGCAGGUCAUUUUCUGUCCAAGUUCUGUCAAUGAGGAAACAAUCCGUCAGACCAUUGAAGACAUAGGAUUCAAGGCUACAUUAAUAGAGGAAACGGCAAACCAGAAAUGUAUUUUGGUAUGCAGGAUAAGGAUUGUCGGAAUGGCUUGCACUUCUUGCUCCGGUGCUGUUGAAUCCGUGUUAAAGCUUGUUCCUGGUGUACAGAGAGCGCGAGUUGCUUUAGCAACAGGAGAGGCUGAAGUGAAAUGUGAUCCCAAGUUGUUAAGCUGCAAAGAACUCUUGCAGGCAAUAGAUGAUAUAGGGUUUGAAGCCAUUAUCGUUGGUACAGGGGAGAGUAGAAAUAAAAUACAGCUCAAAGUUGAUGGACUGUAUAAUGAAAAUAACAUGCAAAUGAUAGUAAGCUCUCUCGAAGGACAGCCAGGAAUACAGGAUAUACACGUCGAGGCUGAGCUUCAUAAAGUUUCCAUUUCAUAUCUAGCAGAUGUAACAGGACCAAGAAAUUUCAUUCGAGUUAUUGAAUCAACUGGAUCAGGACAUUUCAAGGCAACGAUAUUUCCUGAGAGGGGAGGAAGAGGAACCCAUAAGCAAGAAGAAAUCAUACAGUAUUACAAUUCAUUGCUGUGGAGCUUGGUGUUUAGCAUUCCUGUUUUCUUGACCUCCAUGAUCUUCAUGUACAUCCCAGUUCUUAAGGAUGGACUAGAUAUGAAAAUUGUUAACAUGCUCAGCAUUGGAGAAGUUUUGAGGUGGGCGCUGUCUACACCAGUGCAGUUCAUAAUAGGCCGACGAUUUUAUGCUGGCUCUUAUAAAGCAUUACGUAAUGGUUCCCCAAACAUGGAUGUUCUGGUUGCCCUGGGAACAAAUGCAGCAUACUUCUAUUCGGUAUACUCAGUAUUGAGAGCUGCAAGCUCCCCAAAUUUUAAGUCUACUGAUUUUUUUGAGACCAGUUCAAUGCUUAUUUCAUUCAUUUUACUUGGCAAGUAUCUUGAGGUUCUGGCAAAGGGCAAAACAUGUCAGGCCAUCACCAAGCUCAUGGACUUGGCUCCAGAGACAGCAAUAUUGUUAACCCUUGAUGAUGAAGGCAAUGUGACAAAAGAAGAAGAAAUAGAGAGUCAACUAAUACAAAAGAAUGAUGUGAUUAAAAUCAUUCCUGGUGCAAAAGUGGCUUGUGAUGGUUUUGUUAUCUGGGGAGAAAGUAAUGUAAAUGAGAGCAUGAUAACUGGAGAGCCAAGACCUGUCAUAAAAAGGAAGGGCGAUGCGGUCAUUGGAGGAACUUUCAACGAGAAUGGGGUGCUACAUAUAAUGGCAACAAAGGUUGGAUCAGAAAGCGCUCUUUCCCAGAUAGUUCGACUUGUUGAGUCAGCGCAAAUGGCUAAAGCUCCCGUGCAAAAAUUUGCUGAUCGUAUCUCAAAGUUCUUCGUACCUCUUGUUGUUUUUCUUUCAUUUUCAACUUGGCUUGCCUGGUUUUUAGCUGGAAAACUUAAUGCCUACCCAAAAUCUUUGAUUCCAUCCUCUAUGGAUAGCUUCCAGCUUGCCCUCCAAUUUGGCAUUUCUGUCAUGGUAAUAGCCUGCCCAUGUGCCCUUGGCCUUGCCACUCCAACGGCUGUUAUGGUUGGUACUGGAGUUGGUGCUUCUCAGGGUGUCCUGAUUAAAGGUGGUCAGGCAUUAGAAAGUGCACAUAAGGUAGAGUGUAUAGUUUUUGAUAAGACUGGGACUCUCACAAUUGGCAAGCCAAUGGUUGUCGAGACGAGGCUUUUGAAAAGUAUGGCACUUCGAGAAUUUUAUGAAAUGGUUGCUGCUGUGGAGGUGAACAGCGAGCACCCUUUAGCCAAGGCAAUUGUUGAAUAUGCAAAAAAAUUUAGAGAAGAAGAAGAAAGCAAUGUCUGGCCCGAAGUGAAGCAAUUUGAGUCAAUAACAGGGCAGGGCGUGAUGGCUGUUGUUCGAAAUAGGGAAGUAAUUGUAGGAAACAAGCACUUAAUGUUAAAAAAGAAUGUAGCAAUUCCAGUUAGUGCUGAAAAUUUUCUGGAGGAAACAGAAGGGUUUGCUCAGACUGGAAUUCUUGUGUCAAUUGAUCAUGAGCUAGUUGGAGUUGUUGCAAUAUCUGAUCCAGUGAAACCCGAAGCUCAAGAAGUCAUUUCCAUUCUCACUUCCAUGCACAUCAAGAGUAUAUUGGUUACAGGUGACAACUGGGGAACUGCACAUGCCGUUGCCAAAGAAGUUGGAAUUGGUACCGUCAUUGCAGAAGCCAAGCCAGAGGUGAAAGCAGAAAAAGUGAAGGAUUUGCAGGCUUUGAACUUUGUUGUGGCAAUGGUGGGAGACGGAAUUAAUGAUUCACCAGCACUUGUAGCAGCGGAUAUUGGAAUGGCAAUUGGUGCUGGUACAGACAUAGCUAUUGAAGCAGCUGACAUAGUACUCAUGAAAAGCAAUUUGGAGGAUGUUAUUACUGCCAUAGACCUUUCUCGGUACACUUUUCGUCGAAUUUGCCUCAACUAUAUUUGGGCUUUGGCAUAUAAUCUCAUUGCCAUUCCGGUUGCUGCUGGGGCACUUUUUCCGUCUACUGGAAUUUGCUUACCCCCAUGGGUUGCUGGGGCUGCAAUGGCAGCUUCUUCUCUGACUGUUGUUUGCUGCUCCCUUUUGUUGAAGAACUAUCGGAGACCUAAGAAGUUAGAUGCUCUGGAGUUGCAAGGAUUAACUGUAGAGUGAAGAUGCAUGAAACAAAUAUAAGAACUACGAUAUCUCCCGCUCCCUCAAUUGUGGAUAACUUUUCCAUCAUGCGUCUGAUUUCCAGGCUAUGUUGUAGUUAAAGUAUAAAGAACCUUGUAAAUAUUGUCA